UAUUAUUAUUAUUAUUAUUUCCUUUAAAUCUGGCUAAAAACUAAAGCAAGUAUUAAAGAAAUUCCGAACCAAACUCCUUACAUAAAAACAUGUGUAGCCUAUCUUAUCUCCAUAUGGCAGAAAUCAAAUAAGCACUUUCAUUCAUUUCUUAACAGAUAACUUACUUUAGUUGCUGAUUAAAGAGCACAGCCAGCUCUUAUUUACCUAUACAUAUUAGCCAGUUCUCUACUUGAGGGUUUACAAACUAUUUGUGAAAUAAAAGUGUGAUCAUAAACCACUUAAUAGGGUGUAUUUUGCAAUGCUUCAGAUUUUGGUAUUGCUGUGUUGAUAUGGUAAAAUGAUAAGUGGGAAAUAAUUUUACAGUGAUCUGUUAUUGAAACAACGUCAGUGGGUUAUUAUUUUCUGGGGGGUUUUCUGUUACAUUAGCAGAAACCUGAUAGCAUUGUAUUAUUACCUGUGAACGAUAGUGUUGUUGCCCCACAGCCAGAGGUUCCUGGAUUCAGGCCAGGGCGUUUUUCCCAGCGAUUGAGCUCCCGCACCCAUGGGCAUUGUCAUGAAAGGGAUUUUAAAUCCAAAAAGUUUCACUUCCUAGUUUUUAAAAAAAGAGCAAAAUAGUUUAUCACACUUUUUAUUAUGAGAUAAAUCUAAUUGGAAGUGUAGAACAAAAAAUAAAUCUCACUUUUCCAAAUAUCUUGCUCCCAUACAUGUUUGGACAAAUGCUUUUGGGCCACACCUCAUAAUCUUCAAAGUCAGAGUUUUUCAGUCUUGUUGCCACAGUUGUGUCAAAUCAAGCACCUUAGCCAUGCAAUGGGCAUGAUACUAUAACACAAUGCAACCAGUAUAAGUCAGUUUCUGAAAUGUCUUUUCUCUUGGAUAUUCCAUGGUCAACUGUAAGUGGUAUUAUUACAAAGUGGAAGCAUUUAAGAACCACAGCAACUAAAAGGCACAAAGGCACAGACCACGUAAACUCGUAGAGUAUGGUCACUGAUGUAAAAGUUGCCAAUGCGCUAGUGAUUCAAUAACUUCCUCUGGCAUUAACAUCAACAGGAAACUGCACCAGAAGCUUUGUGGCAUGAGUCAAUGGCCAAGCAGCUCUUGUAGCUGUAAUAUGUAGACAGCCCAGUGCUUUUACUCAUGUAGUGUAUAUAUGUUGUGUUGCUUUAAUGUAAAUCUGCUGUUGGCCUGGGGUGUAAAGUUAAAUAGCAGCUUAAAAAAAUCUGGCUUGUGUGUUUUAAAGAUGAAACAUUUGCAUAUAUUUUCUUUACAACCAUGACAAAAGCAAACAUCGCAUGGAAAGUGUGAUGGAUAAAACACUGCAUUUAUUUCCAUUUCCAAUGAAUAACUGUGACUAAAGCCAAAUGGAUUGUGCAUAAACUGUAAUCCACGGUCAUCUUUGCAGCCUGGGUGUUAUCACGGGUCAUCUGUGAAUCCUGUGACACUUCAGCGAAUAUACAAAUCUCCAGUGCAACUUGGGGUAAAUUAAGUGGGAGCUUGUGUCUGCUGAGAGCUCAUUGGUAGAUACUGCAUUCAUGGAAACUGCGUUAUGGAGCACAACGGUGAAGUCAUUAAGAAGCUUACAGACGUUCUGGCAGAUUAGGUUUUUCUCUUCUAAUCCUGUAGAUUACCACUGCACAAGCCCUGCUGGCUGAGAGUGCGUCGAUGCGUUGCAGUUUCUUUACAUUGAUCAUUUUUGUGUGUGUGUACUAAAGUGUCAUCACUGAACUACGUAGACUAAGACUGAUACGAGCGGAAAAAGGACAGGUCAAAGUGCGCCAGAAGUACCGAAAGUAGGCAUGGGACCAACACUUUGAAAAAACCACCGAUGAAGCUAGGAUUUAAGGAUCUGACCUGGAUUUACUGAAGCGCAACAUGGAUUUUUGUAAAUAUUAUUUGAAGGAGAUAUUUUGUUGCGCUGACACACCAUAGUUGGUGAACAGAACUCCUAACCUACACCUAAGGAACCACUGGGUGAACAACGAGGAUCAUCUCUUUUGGAGGCCCAUGCUCUCUGUAGUGAAAUGGAGACAGAGCCAUGUUGUGAAGCGCAUAAUGACCCUGGAGUAACGGCUACAGAUUCUGAGGUGAAGGAGGCAAUUUUCGGACUUGUUGAUGGAAACAGUCUCAGUGAGCUGCCCCGUGCGCCUGCAGAGGAAGGCGAGGAGCUGUUUGGGAGUGAGCAGGCUGAAACACAGAGAAGUGCAGCAGAGAAUAAAGACACUGAGAUAAAAAGCCCCUCUGAUCCUGAGCAAGAGAGUGGGGAGACAGGAUGCAAGGCAGUGAAGAAAUUCAAAAAAUCAAACAGUUGGAAGAUGGUAAGAUUUCAAGACCCAUCAACAGAAGAUGAUGUGUUGGAGAGGGACAGCUCCACGGAGAGUCUCUUUCCUGAAUAUGCCACACAGGAGUGGACUUCCACAAGCUUUGAAGACCUGUUCAUGGCAGAAGAUUGGACAGAGAUUACAGAGGACCGGCUGUUGAGGAAGAAAGUGCUGGAGCCUGGGACUCCACAGGGCCCACACCCUGCCUGGGACCAGGAGGUUACUGUAAAGAUGCAGUGUGUCCUGGAGGACCGCACUGUGGUGGAAAAGGACUGCAAGCUUGUCUUUGUUAUUGGCGAGGGAGAUGUGAACCAGGCCUUGGAGGAGUGUGUCAUGUCCAUGCAGAAAGGAGAGAUCACAUUACUGCUAACAGAUUCACAGUAUGCCUAUGGACUUCUGGGAAGAGAGCCUGAUAUUCCAGCCUGGGCUCCUUUACUCUACCAGCUGCAGUUGCUGGACUUCAGAGAGAAACCGGACCCAUUAACUCUGCCCAUUGCAGACCGCAUUCGCAUCGGCAACCAGAAACGAGAGACAGGGAAUUUUCAUUUCCAGAGGGAGGAAUACAGCUUGGCUGCCCGGGCCUAUUGCGUGGCUCUGGAUGUGCUGACCACACGCAGCAAAGAUGGUAAUGAUGUUGGUGUGAAGGAAGAGGAGGAGGAGGUGCAGGACUACCGUGUGAAGUGUUUGAACAACCUGGCGACCACUCAAGUCAGACUGGAGCAGUUUGACGAGGCUCUGCACACCAGCCGAGACGUUCUGACCCUCGAGCCAAACAACGUCAAGGCCCUCUUCAGGGUAGGAAAGCUCCUGUCUGACAAGAGUGAAUACAAAGAGGCUAUGGAAGUGCUAAAAAAGGCCUUGAAACUGGAGCCAGCCACCAAGGCAAUCCAUGUUGAGUUAUCUAAACUUGUCAAAAGGCAGUCUGGAGGCAAAGAAACCCAAGAGUGGAAACCCAAACCAGCAGAGAUGCUUGGAGACAAUAUUGCACCUUUCCUGAUCCCAUCAAAGAAGAAGCCAUCUGGAAUUUCCUGGAAAUUUAUACUUGGAGCUCUGGUGGUGGCUCUGGGCAGUUUGGUGACGUCAAUGAUUUUGACUGCAAGAAACUGAAAUCCUCUGCUGGAAGUAGUUCGAAGAUCAUCAUCUUCAUAUGCAGGAGCAGAGUUUGGUCUCGA